AUGAAGGUCAGGAUCAAGCAAUGGAACGCCGUCGCCGCCUGGCGCUGGGACAUGCCCGACGACGACCUGUGCGGCAUCUGCCGGAGUCCCUACGACAGCACCUGCUCCAAAUGCAAAUUCCCCGGCGACGGUUGUCCGCUCCUCAUGGGCCAGUGUAACCACUCCUUCCACAUGCACUGCAUCGAGGACUGGCUCAAGCAGGAGGCUUCACAAGAUAAAUGCCCCAUGUGUCGCCAGCCUUUCACCGUCAAGGACGCCAACACGUCCAUGACCGAGGCAUGA